AUGAAUGCAAUUGUUUCGUUGGUACAUUUUUGUGAGGUUGAUGGUCCAAGUGUAAUAUUUUGUACACAAGCUUUCCAUGAAAAUGCAAUAGAAGAGACGGCAACAGAGGAUUUUCUCAAUAUUAGUAGACGACCUUCACUAAUCACAUCUUUACGAGAUUUAAAUAGCAAUUCUAAUUCUAGUAAUAAUAAUACUCUUACUGUUAAUUCCAAUGCAAGUAACACUAUUACACCUAAAGAAAGUAACAAUCAAAAUGGCAACACUAUUAACAAUCCUAAUAGUGUUAACAAUAAUGGUUUACAAAUGAGUAGAAAAGAGUCAACUAAUGUUGGUGAAAGGCCACCAGUACAAGCUUCUUCUUGCUCUUCUUGUGCAUUUCCUUUAUUUUCCAUUGAUCAAUCAAGAGAUCAAAAAGAAACUAUGACGGGAAAAGGAAUCGAUGAAGUAAAAGGUGUGGAAGGUGGUGAGAAAAGUGACCCGAAAAUAAGAUUCAACAAUAAUUGUGAAUCAAUUAAAGGUUUUAAAACUAAAGAUGACGAAAAUCCAUUGGUCACGUAUAUUGGAUCCAGAUAUCCACAACAUCCUAGGCUUUACUCUGCAUUAAGGCAAGCUUGUGUUAGAAGUUUAAGUUGUGAAUAUUGUCAAGGAAGAGAAGGACCUGUGUUGUUUGGAGAUGAUAAAAAUGGAUACGUGCUAAGUUAUAUGUUUAAAAUCAAAGAUACUCAAGCAAGAGGAUCUAAUCGGUGGUAUAGCUUUAUAUGCUUAAUGACUGAUCGUAUUUAUUUAGUUACAUCUUGGCCAUUUUUAGUUAGCAAGUUCCAAUCAUUAGCAACAAAUCUUCAAUCCAAGGCAAAUCAAAUAUUUGAAAAAGAAAAUAUUGUUAAAGAGAGUCUUGAAGAUCCAAAUAAUAUUCACAAUGUUAAUAAUACCAUUAAUAUCACAAAUAGUAACAGUAAUAGGAGUAGCACGUUUUCUUCUUCAAGAUCUGGAGGAGCUGCUCUUCCUCCUAUUUCUCCAGAUCAAUUUCUUAGACGUAGGGCAAAUCAAGCUUUAAGAUCAUUGAUAGAAUUAUUAAAAACCAAGGACUUAUUUGUACAAAUGCAUGCAGAAUUUAGUUGGAUAUUAAAGGCAUGUGGUAGAACAUUACAAGAAAAGCAAGUCAAUGAUCAAACAUUGUUUCCUAAUUCAUGCAUAUUUUCACCAAAAACAAUAAAAAUUCUUGCCCCUUCUAACAUUUAUAAUGAUUAUUAUGAUGCUGCUGAUGAUGUUUAUAGCAACAACAAUAAUAAUAAAGAAUUAAGAGAAUUAGGGAUUGACAUUAAAUUAGAUGAUAUAAAAGAUCUCUAUAAUGCCAUGGGUAGCAUGAAAUUUAUAGAGUUGAUGACGAAUUUUCUUAACGGAAAUCAAUUAAUCUUUCACAUCCCACCUUCACCGCCACCUUCAUCAACUCCAGAACAAGAACAACAACAAUCAUUAUCUACUUUAAUUCAUAAAAUCAUAAAGUCUAUAAUAAUUAUUUUACAGGAUUUUGUUCCUAAUAAUUGUUGUUCAGUGAUGGAAAAUCAAAAUGUUUAUCAACCUUUGUCAAAAUGUAAUAUUUUGGUAUUGAAUGAGAAAAUACAAAUGCCAAAUAAUGUUGAUAAAUCGACAAUUUGUGUUAUUACCAUAAUCAAAAAUCACAAUAGUGAAUAA